GAAUGAUGAUCCUUGCACAAAUACCCUGAUGAAAUUUCUACAGGGUGCUUCUCCCUUGGAGGGACGGAUAUCCUCCAAACCCAUACUUUGAACAGUUGUACAGUGACAGACUACGUACCCUCAGAUUUUUAGUUUCUUUCUCCGAAUGCGUUAGUUCUGAAUGCUUUCGCUUCUUAAAACUCCAGCUCUAGCAGGCGGGUGAGAGACGCCUCCAGCGGAGGGACCGCGACUUGCAGGCAGCUUUCCACUGAGUGUGAAAACAGACUGCUCCAGCGAUCCUCACUUAAGGUGCAAGGCCGAGGGAGGAGGCCUGGAGGUUCAUGUCACUUGAAAAAGUUACUUUGCCUCUCUUUGGGUCUCAGCUGCUUUUUGAGUAGUGUGAAUGGCUAAAAUUAGGUCCAGUCGAGGCUGGUGGCUCUCAAAUGUCUGAUUGGCUGGCUGCUCCUGACUGUAAGGAUGUGCCUCAUCCCUGCGAUACCCACAGUGUAUUCCCUUCUCCCUGCCAGACCUGCUGGAGAUCAGGAAGCUUUGAGAAGAAAGAAGAAAGCAGGCGCCACACUCAACCUUUCCCCUGGACCGGUCGUUCGUUUACUACUCUUGCGCAUCUUUGGAGCACUCCCGCUCUUUCGGCUCGGGAAUCGAUUGUUCGUGUCUGAGCCUCCCGCACGGAAUACCAGAGCGCUCCCGCUCAGCCCAUCGUUUGCUUCUGCCUGAUUCUGCCCUCCGGAUGACGUUAAAGAGGGAUUUUAAUCCUUGGCUCGGCCAGCAGCUGCUUUCCCCUUCACUAGCUUGCUGCUACUUCCGCUUCCGGCAACAGCCAGCGACUUUCUAGUCUAAGUGGCCAUGGCGGGGAGCCGGCUGGAGACCGUGGGGAGCGUGUUCUCCCGGACCAGGGAUCUGAUGCGGGCUGGGGUGUUGAAGGAGAAGCCACUGUGGUAUGACAUAUACAAGGCCUUUCCACCUCUGAAAGAACCUGUCUUCCGAAGGCCUCGUUUGCGAUAUGGCAAAGCCAAAGCUGACAUCCAGGACAUCUUUUACCGAGAGGAUCAGAUUCGAGCGAAAUUCUUUUCAACCUAUGGAUCUGGUCACAAAGCUAUUGAUCUGUUCAACCCAAACUUCAAGUCUACCUGUCAGCGGUUUGUGGAGAAGUACACAGAGCUGCAGAGUCUUGGAGAAACAGAUGAAGAGAAGUUAUUUGUAGAAACGGGGAAGGCUCUGUUGGCAGAAGGCGUCAUUUUAAGACGAGUAAGAGAAGCAAAGACUGUCAAUGUGAGACUCCAAGCUUCAUCAGAAGGAAAUGACCCUCUGGAAGAAGAUGGCCAGAAGCAGCGUGUGCAGGUGAAACAGGAGCCAGAGACAGCCUCCUCGUCCCCCUGAGGCCCCUCAGUGCACUGAGCGUGCCCACCACCACUGGCCUAAGACGUUUGGACUCUGAUGGCCUCUGUCUGUCAGGCCUGUGUGCCUUCUCUUAGUUCCUGUCCCUGGGUUGUUAUAAGUCUCAGUACUGUGGCUUAAAAGCGCCAGUGUUGUGAACUUUUAUUUCAAGACAUGGUUAAAUAAAGGGUUCUCCAAUGCUUCCAAAGUAAA